AUGUCUGGAAGCUUCUACUUUGUCAUUAUAGGCCAUCACAAUAAUACAGUUUGGUUUUUUUUUGUUUUUGAAAUAAAAUUUUUACCAGCUGGAAAAGUGGAAUCUAAGGAUCAUCAUCAUUAUCUUAACAAGUUCAUAGCUCAUGCAGCCCUUAGCCUAGUAGAUGAAAAUAUAUGGUUAUCUAACAAUAUGUACCUGAAAACUGUGGACAAAUUCAAUGAGUGGUUUGUCUCUGCUUUUGUUACUGCAGACCAUAAGAUAUUUCUUAUGCUUCAGUAUGUAAGACAAGAAGAUAGAAUAAAGAAUUUCUUUAGUGAUAUCUAUGAUUUAUAUAUAAAGUUUGCGAUGAAUCCAUUUUCUGAACCAAAUCCACCCAUUCAAUCAAGUGCAUUUGAUAGAAAAGUUCAAUUUCUUGGGAAGAAACACCUCUUAAGCUAA